UACAGAGACCUACAUGCUUCACAAUACGACUGCUAACACUGCUUAUAAACACAACGUAAUUACUCUAUUACAAUAACCUAUAUAUACCGUGUUUAACGAACUUGACGUAUAAUACCUUUGCUGUAGCCAGUUAUACACCUUCAAUCUAUCCUUGAUGUGAAAUUGUUAUUUUCUAAGAAAUUGACUCAGUGUGUUAUCUUCAUAAUUAAAAUUUCAAUGUUCGCCGGAAAUCUGUAACAAUCCGCGGCUCAACAUGUAGGAUUUUUUUCCAGUUUAACUAAUUUAUAAUUUACGACCACAGCUCGGUUAUCCUGCGAAUUUUCUCAUCAAAAGAGAGCUUUUCACCCCUCAGUCCUUAUCCCAGAAAGCUAUUUUAAGCUGAAUGUCAAGAUUAUUCAUGCCCUUGUCAAACAAAGCAUUCCUUAUUUCAAUUUCCGUUUCCGCGCGAUAUGAAAUUUACCAUAUUUGAUAUGUCCCUUUUAAAUUCAUCUGAUUGAUUCAGAGUUUAUUUCCCCACAGUCAACUGACAGAUUAAAGGACAGAUAUUGCUGCCUUCUGGAUUGUUUCCAAUCAACACGUAAAUACCUGCAGCUGCUAUGGAAAAAAAUCGCUUUCAUUAUUCGCUUCGAAAUUUGAUUCGUUAUCAACUUUUACCGGUUCUCUGACAAGUUCUGGUUUCGUCAGAUAUAAACCGCAGGAAAUUUCAAUAGGCUUCGUUCAACAUUUUCACUCCUUUUGACACAUCUUUAGAGGCAGAUUUAGCUCUCUUAUAUUUCAAGAUCGAGAUAGGCUUCUCUUGAUUUCUAAAUUCUAUGCUAUUUAGGUGCGUUUGGACAAGGUUCAAAAGGUUUUUUAAAAUUUAUGAAAGUUUCGGAUCAUGGAGUUACAACUGGUCAACGAAACUGGGGAUAAGACUGCGCCUUCAAGACUUGAGGAAGAAAUUUGUUUUCACUUUACUAAGGCGCAUUUUGAUCUUGGACAAUUUGCACCCGGUUGGUACAUCUUCAAUUGCGUGGUCAACGCUGUUUUUUCCAUUAUUGCUGCAGCGUCCAAUCUGGUAAUCCUAAUGGCUAUUCGCAGGACACCAUCCCUUCAAACCCCGUCCGGCGCGCUUCUUUUCGGUUUGGCUCUUUCUGAUCUCGGUGUUGGCUUUAUCGUUCAUCCACUCUUCUUCUGUCAAAUUUUGGCCAAGGUAAUACGAAACACACCGCUCUUUUGCGGCGCUGGAAUAGCGGUAGAAAUUGCCGCAAACGCGCUGUGUAUCGUUUCACUUUUAACUGUGACCGCCGUAAGCAUGGACAGGUAUCUUGCCCUCCGACUUCACCUCAGAUACGGGGAACUCAUCACCGUCAAGCGCGCAGUUUUGGUUCUGGUGGGGAUUUGGUUGUUCAGUUCAACGUUUGGCUCGCUAUGGUUAUGGCAACACGAACUUGUAAAAAUAGUUGCCAUCAUAAUUAUCACCAUCAGCUUGUCCAUUGCUACUUUUUCAUACAUAAACAUUUAUCGCAUCGUGCUGCAUCACCGGUCAAUAAUUCACGUGCAGCGUACGCAAAUACAAGGUUUUGACAAGAACGAGGAGGAAGAACUGAAUGUGCAAAGCAUAAAGAAACAAGCAGUAAGUUCAUUCUGGGUUUAUUGUAUCCUUGCAGUUUGUUUCACACCGUAUCUUUGCACUGUUGCCGUGAUUGAGGCUCAAGGCGUGACGUUUGCAGCUCGCUUGUCUUAUGAACUAACGGCAACCUUGAUAUUUGUCAAUUCGUCCCUUAACCCUCUCAUUUAUUGUUGGCGUUUGCGAGAAAUAAACAAUGCAGUCAGACAAACAUUAAGAAGCUUACUCAGCUGAACUGUUCUGCAGCGGAUUUCCACUGAACAAAACUCCCGUGAAGUUCAUUAAAUCUUAAGGGCUGACUGAAAAAACUGCGACAAAAAGCUUCGGUAUACAAAAGGGGUAACAUGAAAUUCUGCAAAUUUACCAUGUAUAUUGUUCGUUGUGAAACAAUAAUCAUGACAAUUAAUAGUAUUCUGGAAGCAGUGUAUUGCCUAGUGCUAGGUUAUUUGCAUGCAAACGGUCCUGCCUUAGAUUUUCGUGGUCAAUUGAGAUACUCGCGUUUCCUUCAAUUAUAAGUGCAGUUAUGAAAAUAUUAAAAAACAUAUGAAUCUUAUUGUAAAUUACAGGAUGCAUAAAGAAGGACAUUUCGUGCCGCAAAUCUACGGUCGGUAAGGAACAAACACAGCGGUGUACAAAAUCAAUUUUUAGCAGCAAAAGAAUAAAAAUGAUUCGCUUUUCAAUCUUUCUCCGGGCUCCAGGCUUUGCGAUUCAAGAGCCGAACUUAUUUCUAGCUUGCAGGUGCAUGAUAUCGCGCUAGCCUGAGAUUCGAGAGCUAUUAUAGCAAGCAAAUUGCGUCUUUUAACGCUUUUAAGAGAUACUACAUAAAAAUGGUUGACUUAUUUGUUUUAAAUCAACGCGUUUCUGACAAGAAGCUUCUUUGAUAUCCGUUUUACGCGAAAACUGUCUUUCUUGUGUCGUGCAAGCUUAUUGAUGUUCUCCAGGCUAGGGAAGUGCUGUCAGCACUGUCAGUGCACUUUAUUUCAGCAUUAGUUUAUCAUGGCAUUUCAAAGUGGUCACUUAUCUGACUUGAAUGAUUUAUCAGAAUCUAUAGAUUGGGCCCUCGGCACUAACAAACUUAGUGCAAAACGGACCGAUAUUGCUUUCAUAAUCAAGACCUCGAUCUAGGCAAAAUAUCUCCAAUCACUAAUCGUUGUACAACUUAAGGCAAUAUCUCCUAGAUGACGGUGAUUUUCUUUAUUUUGGUCAUCGCUUGACAAUAUAUUGAUAUUGCAAAAAUAAAUAAAUAAAUAAAUAAAUAAAAAACACACAAAAAUAGCCCUGAGUUUCCUGCAAGUUUCGAAUUGAUUUUCCUCACGAAACAUUUUUCAAUAUCUGGUGCCGUUUCGCGCUACCAUGGGAGACGACGACAAAUACAAAAUAUGCUCUGCCAUCAACUAAUUAAAAAUGGAAAAAAAUACUUAAGUAAAACUAGAACGUGAUAAUUUAGAAUUAUUAUAUUUUAUUGCCUUAGCUCUGAAAUGUUCAAGUAAGGACCUCUUAAAGAAAAACAAAAAACUCUCUGUCGAUAGAAAAGCUAAUAUAUUACCAUUUUCUUGUUCGUUUUAUCAAAGUAGAUCAUUGUGCCGGCUGUAUUUGAUUUCUGGGUGUAAGGCUUGGUGCUAAUGUAGACGACCUUUUACAGCGCGUGAGAACUCAACAUUAGUCUAUAGCUUCAUUUUAUGAUUCCAUAAAUCAUUUUCAGAAUCAUAGCUAUUUAUUCGCCAAAGAUUCCUUUUGGUCGCUUUUACUUUAGGAGUUCGGAUAGUACUUUCCUUGAAAUUUGUACAAAAAGACAUAAUUCUUCUUAAUGCCGGACUAAACCCUUAAUCAUCAAGAUAAUUAGCAUUCUGCCAAGGUUAAGAAUAAUCAGAAAGUCAAUAUACCUUAGAAAAAUGAAAACGAUCUUUAUUUUACCUCUCCGUUGCAAAUGAUUAAAAAAAAAAAAUACAAUCUAUCAAUAGCUCAUGGUCAUAGCUGCAUGGUCGAUGUUGUCAUCUAGUUGUUCACUUAGCGAUGAAACCUUUACCGUAAGUACUAAAACACAGAUAAAACAACCCGAAGUAAACAAAUGCGGACAGUCUUUGAAGAAAAUAUAUUAUUUCCGCGUUCAUAUUUACUUUUCACAUGAACGAGUGUUAGCUUAUGCUCGACAAGAAGAGAGCUGUUGCAGGCGCUUAUUUUAAGUUGUUGACUUGUUCCAACGCUGUUAUCAGAAAAUAAUCUAUUGUGGCAGAAAAUUAUUUUCGUAUCUACCACUAAUAACUCAUUUUGCACAUGAGAUUUAAGCCAGACUUUUACGCCUGAGUCAACCUUAUCUCUACUGACUCGGAAUAUGCACAGUUGGAAUUCUAGAAGUCAGUUAAUAUCCGACAGUGUAAUUACUUAUGCUCUUACUUUUUAGUUGAGUAAAUAUCUGAUCCAUCAUCUCACUGAAUUCUAUCAGUUCUUUAAGUAAUAAUUUCAAAUGGAGGGACAAACAAUCACAAAAUUAACCGAAACG